AUGCCCAACAUGACGCCAAUGAUCAGAAUUUUCUUAGCCAUGUCCAUAAUUAACAACAUCGUCUGCAACCCUAUGGACAACUCCCUUCAAAUGAACGUGAUCCAUUCGAAUACUGUAACAAAUGAGGGGGUUCAUGAAAGUCUAGGCAUAUCUGGCUUACAAAACGAAGCUUUUGUACCACAAGAAAAAGUACAAGAACCCUGCACAAUUGCCGAUUUCGUCACAUCCGGGCAGAACAGUUUAGGAAAGAUAAACUCUUCAAGCGAUACAGAAAAGUCCAAGGGAAAGAAACUCUUUCGUUUUGAUUUGAACCUUCGAUAUGAACCACAAUGUACCGAGGAGGAUGAUCGAGAGCCCAAGCGUAGAAAGAUAAACGAUUGUAGAGAAACGGAUAAAGACAUUCUAGAGGUGGAAACCCCUGAUCCUGAUCAAUGUCAAUAUUCCUCAUCAAGUGAUUCCAUGGGAUUACUUGGCAAGAAAAAUGAACAAUCCAGAGUCAGGGGAAAGGCAAGUGGCUGCAUGAACAGCGUCUCAACUGAGCCUGAGGUUCACUCCUCGACAACAACCAAAAGUCAAUCCCAGCAGGGAAUCAAUCAGAUGUUUGGUAAGAUGAUCGAUCAGGGACGCCAGGUAGGUUCCCAAACAGGUCUUGGCAACCAGAUGAAAGAUUGGUUCAAAGAACUCAAGAAAGAUAUAGCUAGCAAACACGUCAAUUCGGCCAUUUUUAAACAAGAAUUAAGGAAGAUCUUCAGGACAAUAUCAAAAGCAUAUCGUCAUGUCACACUUGUAUUUCUAGGAAGUCUUCAAGUCAUUCACUCAACAAAAAAAGAAGAAAUGCAGGAACUGGUUCAUGAUGGAUGGGCUUUCAUUGUCAAUUAUAUGGAGGUAUGGAGAUGGAUCGACUUGGAGAAUUCUCAUGUUCCAGCAAUGGAUGUUAAACCAGAAGAGCUUGAGAUAGAAAACCCUCUUGAAUUGUGGCACUAUUUGAUGGGGUUAGCAAGAACCUCAAGAAUCUCUGUAAUUCUUCUUUGGCGUCUUUGUAAUCAUUGGUACCAUUUAUCUUCCUACAAGGACAAAAUGAUGAUAAAAACCCCUCAAGACUUACAUGUGAGAUGGCAUUACCAUCUAGCCAAAGCCAAUUUACUCUCAGAUUGGGAGAUAGAGCCUCCGGCUACCAUAUUCAGCUUGGGGCAGUCUAGUCUUGAGACUAAUAUGAUAAACACUAAAUCUCUGUACAGACUUAUACGGAAGGAGAAUUUUUCUGUGGCAGAUGGAAGAACUAAAAGAUUUGUUGGAAUACUUAGAGAGGUGGGAAAAAAGGCUUUGAGUGCACUUAAUCUACAACAAUCACCAUUUGAAUUUCUUCAAACCUAUUGCCAAAAAAUGAAAAACAAAAACUUACAGUUACCUCAAGAAUGGAAAGGAAACUUUGAAUCAUUGAAGCAAAAGACAAUGUUUGGAAUGAUUCCUUGCUUUCUGGGAAUGAUCCACCUUCUUCAUCCUAUUGAGGUUUCAAAAGAUCAACCUAAUCCUGCAGUACUUGAUGGCUUGAAGUUCAUGCAAGUAUUUUUGAAAGGAUGGGAAAAAGAUGACUUGGAGAAGGCUUUUAGAACAGAUCCAAUUGAGAUCAGGAGACUUGCUAGAACUGAUGAUCCUUCUACAGUUCUGUUGGCUUACUUGAUGAAUUUGAAACCUUCUCCUGAUCACAGGCUUGCUUCAAAGAUUUUUUGGCAAUUAUUUCAGGUUUGGCAAAGAUGGCAAGGCUCUGGGUUUCUGAACAAGAACCCACUUUCCACAAAAAUUGAUUUUGACAAUGCCAUACAGAUGGCAUAUGCUGACUUUCAAUAG